AUGAAAGUAAACGAAUCAGAAACUGUCGCUGAUAAGGCGUACACUCUUAGAUCACUGUUUUUUUGUUUGCAUCUUCCAAGUUUCACCUGGGAGUUGGAGGAGAACACCAUUCCCUGGGUUGUGUUUGGCAUCACAGUUUUUUCUUCUCCCUUCAUCGUCCUGCUGAACGUUUUAGAGAUCAUAGCCGUGAGCAGGAAGAAACGACUGCAAAGAGUGUCGACAGUACUGCUGCGUAGUAUGGCGGUGGCAGACGUACUGGUUGGUGCUUUAUCCAUGCCGUUAACCGCUACUGUUGAUUUAUUGACUGCUCAUCAAACGCUUCUGGAUCAUGUUUGUAUAUUUCACCUCGUUGGCUUAGCUGCGAUGUAUUGUGCUGGUGGGACAGUCGUGCUUCACUCGGCAUUCAUAGCCUGGGAACGAUUCUUGGCUGUCAAGAAAUGGAGGGUAUACAAAGUGAUUGUGACACAACGCCUUAUGAAAAAACUUGUCGUGGUCGCUUGGAUGCCUGCGGCAAUCAUAGCAACACCAUACGUAAUGAUUGGGGCUGGUGUAGAUCUUAAAGGAUAUGAAAACUUAGCUCUGAUCCGGGGUAUUGGUUAUGUUUUCUUCAUCGUGUUAAUCAUAUAUUUUAACUCUAUGGUGUACCUUGAGUUAC